AUGAAUAUACCAACGAUCUCUUCCAAAACCUUUUCUAGAAUCCAAGAAAGUUUAGCUGAUUCUUGGGAAGAAACUGCGAUGGAGGAAAUGGCUAAGGCAGCUAAAGAAGAAAAACGCUUAGCUAUUCAAUGUGGAGAUGUUACUACAGAUGGUACAGAUUUAAUAACCGUCGUGUAUGACGGCGUUUGGGCUCAAAGGUUUCUUCGACUUCAAUUUUUUCAGGAGUGUCCGAUAAAAUGCGCGUACGGCCUGGUUUCUGUCCCUUACGAUUUGUUCUACGCGGGGAUGCUUUUGAAAAAGGCACAAUAUCCUGUGUUGAGGAUUAUGGAAGAUGAAAGAGUUGCAUUUCUGGAAGAAACGGGUGCUAAAUUAGAUAAACAAAGAAAAAUUAUUCGAAAUCUCGAAGAAGAAAAACACAAGAUCGAAGAGGAUAAUACGACUACCACCUGCAUGAAUCAGAAAAGAAGUGAUCAGAAGAUCAGAAAAAAUAUAAUCCGACUUUUGGAUGAAUUCGAGAAGUAUGACAUAUUGGCCAGAAUGAAGAGCGAUCAACUCAAAGAAUUGGAAUUUCAAAUUAGGAAGUGGAGUAUAGACUCUUCCGAUGAUGCUGACGUCCUCACCGUGAAGACUGCUAUAGAGCAAUCAAGUCACAAUUCUGUGGCUGUUGUUGGUGAGGAUGUAGACCUCGCUGUUCUUCUGAUAGCUCACACUUCUCCUGUUAGAGAUAUCUUACUGCUGAAACCCAGAUGA